UUAUACAAGAUUGUAAGGGAAGUAACCAUUGUAUAAAUUUUUGCAUAAAAAUAUGUCUUGUAACAUUUUUUGCAGGGUUUUAGGAACAAAUGUUAUAAACAACCUUAUAUCACACACAAGUCGUCGGUCAUUGAAAACACAGUCUAUAAGAUAUGCAGCUAAGAAAGGAGCUGCACCUGUAAAGAAGAAAGAGCUAGAGGUAGUGACAGAUGCUAGAAUAUUGUGCACACGUCUAUGCGGAGGUAACAUAAAUAAAGAAGGAGAUGAUCCGGUGAUUGGACCUGACGAGGAUUAUCCAGAUUGGCUGUGGACAUUGAGGAUAGACAGGAAGACUACACCACUGGAAGAACUUAGUGAAGAUGAUCCUGCAUACUGGAAAAAAUUAAAGAUAGAAACAAUAAGACUGAAUAAUUCUAAAUUUUUUAAGAAAUAACAAUAGUGUACAUUAUGUAUACAAGGAAAGAUAUUACGAAAUAAAGUUACUUUCAAGGGUAUCACAAAGUUAGAACAGAUGUGUUAAAUAUUUGUUUUUACACUUGAAAAUAUUUAACAGGGCAUUUGAAAACAAAAUCUUUUGAAUAUCACAUUUAUAAGUUUAUAUUACAGAAUUCUAUUUUAUGUAGAAUCAUUGUUGCCCUGACAACAGGAAAUAUGAAGCUAUCAUGCUCUUAAAAACUGACAGUCAAUUUCUGCAUUACUACAUGACACCUUGUGAAGUUAUUGCGGGAUAUGACUUGUUACCUGAAAGAUUGGAGUUGUUCUGAUAAAUUUUAAUUUGAAAUUAGCCUCGUCUUGUUUUAAUAACUAUUAUUUUUACCAAAAAAGAAAUCAGUAGAACU